UUAUUAGUUGUUUUUUUUUGUGAUAAGCUGGCAAAUACGAUUCCGCAAUAUUUUUACCUGUACUAUGUGUAGCUAAGUUACCAAUCAGUUACUUGCAUUACAUACACAUUUUUUAGUGUUUUCCUGCAUUUAAUAAGGGUGAUUAUUUAGUAAUUAUUUUUACAAGGAUGAAGUUUUGUAUAAUUAUCUGAUAGUCAUACAAAAGCAAACAGCCAAACAAAUUCUAUCAUUCAUUGUGUUCAAUAUUCAAAGUUCAAUUUAAAAAAGGCAUCAAAAAGAUGAUAUAUAUAUAUUUGCUGGUAAUCACUUAUUUUUGAUUAUCUAAAUAAUGAUUUCAAUCAGUAUUAUUGCAAUAUCCAUCUUAGUUAUAGUCGAACCUUAUGAAGUAAAUGAAACUGUCAAAUUUCCACCACUUUCUGAUGAAUUGAUCUCGUAUAUCAACAAACAUCCAAAUGCUGGAUGGAAGGCUGACAGGACAAAUCGAUUCGAUACAAUUGAUACUGCUCGUUUAAUGAUGGGUGUCAUAUUUGAAGAUUCCGAUGUCAAACAAAGAUCACGUCCAACAAUCAAUCACAAUGAAGUGAAUAUAGAUUUACCGAAAUUCUUUGAUUCUCGUAAACACUGGAAUAAAUGUGAGAGUAUCAGAACAAUUCGUGACCAAUCAGGCUGUGGUUCAUGUUGGGCUUUCGGUGCUGUCGAAGCAAUGAGUGAUCGCAUUUGCAUUCAUUCUCACAGUCAUAUAUCAGUGGAGUUGAGUGCUGUUAAUUUACUGAGUUGUUGUACAAGAUGUGGUUUAGGUUGUCAAGGUGGUAUACCAGGAAUGGCAUGGGAUUAUUGGAAAGAUGAGGGUAUUGUAACCGGUGGAUCAAAUGAGUCGAAUUCAGGAUGUCAGCCAUAUCCAUUUCCAGAAUGCAGUCACCAUUCAACUCGAGGAAGACACCCAUCAUGUGGAGGUCAGUUAUACGACACACCUGAAUGUGAAAAUCAUUGUCAGUAUGAUUAUGAAAGACUGUAUGAAAAUGAUAAAUACUACGGUAAAUCAUCUUAUAACGUGGCCGGUGACGAAACUUCAAUUAUGAAAGAAAUACUUUUACACGGUCCUGUCGAAGGUGCCCUGUUUGUCUACGAAGAUUUUUUCAAUUAUAAAUCUGGUGUCUACAAACAUAUAACUGGCUCCUAUGUGGGUGGACAUGCUAUACGUAUACUCGGUUGGGGUGUUUAUAGGAACAUCCCGUACUGGUUAUGCGCCAAUUCAUGGAAUGAAGAUUGGGGUGAUAAAGGUUACUUCAAAAUACUAAGAGGUCAAAAUGAAUGCGGAAUUGAAUCCAAUAUAGUAGCAGGAUUACCAAAGAAGCACAGAGAGUAAAAUCUAUGCACUUACCUAUUCUGUAACCUCAUAUUUACACUAAAAGUGGUGGUAUUGUCAGUUAUUGAUUGACUCUUUUCCUUUUCUCAUUUUAGUAAACAUAUUCUUGAUAUAAAGUUUUAUUGUUAUCUGUUAAUGGGAUGUAAUAAGUGACUUUAUCAUUUACAAACGAAUUCUAGAUUUCUAUACUUGUUAUUAUCUCUUUCUGAGAUGAUUAGAAACUGGCUUUUAGAAUCUUAAAGUUACAGUGCAAACUGUUAUCCGAUGAUUUUAGACAGGUUUUACACAAAUCGAACAAAACAAUAAAGUUCUCAGUAGACAGCAAUUCUGGAAUGCAAAUAAUUCUUCUAUAACUAUGACACUAUCUCCCCCCAAUCACGGAAAUUGGGUGACCACUGAUGUAGCACUAUUUGAAAUACAAAUUGCU